AAUGUUCCUACUUCAAACGUAGAUCUUGUGAUUUCCAUCUGAUGGCUCCAAUUAGGCUUGCACACUACAUUCCCAGUAUUUCAUUUAGCACCCUAGGAAAAGAAUAACAAAGCCUCACCCACCCCACUACAGUACGUACGAAACCACCGCCUUUCCCUUUCUCUCUCUGCUGCUGAUAUAACACCCCUCUCCUCCCGCCGCAGCCCACUUCAUUAAUGUGCGGCACUGGUGUCGGCGCGUGAAUGUUCGCAAAUGGCGGAUACGAAUAUCACGCCGGUCUCCUCCUCCGAUUCGCUCGCGACCCGGAGUAACUACGAGAGCAGCGGCGGGAGCAACUCGGGCCGCCGCGGGAACCCCCGACUCACCCUGGAUCUGGUCACCGCCGGUCGUUGGCACCUCUCCUUCCUCCGCUCCUUCGCCGGCUCCCUUUUCCUUAACAACACCACCGCCAUAGCCCGAUCCAUCCGACGGUAUGAGGAGCUCUGGAUGCCGCUCAUCGCCGAGCUCUCCAAGGCGGCGCCGCCGUCCGACGCCCCGAUGAUCCUUCCACCGGAGGACGUCCAUUGGAUCUGGCACUGCCACUGCCUCCAUCCGGAGAGCUACCGCGAGUACUGCGCCUCGAGAUUUGGGGAGCUGAUUGAUCGGCCGGCGAUAUUCGACGAGGAGAACGAGGAGUACGCCUUCGGCCGGUGCCGCGAGAUCUGGGGCCUCCGUUACCCGUCCGAGCCGUUCGACCUCGAGAUCGCCGAAGAUGAUGAGGGCGGAGCAAGCGGCGGCGAUCUCUUCGCGGCGGUGGCGAGGUGCGGGUCUCUCUACUCCCACUUCUCCGACCCCUUCGUGUCCGAGACCGUGUACCUCGUCUUCGCGAGGCGGAGGUACCUCAACUUCCUCCACAUCUCGCGGCGAUUCGAAGAAGAAAAGGGGCUCCGGAUGGUGCCCACCUCGGAUAUUCUCCUCAUGUGGCUCACCCACCAGAGCUUUCCAGGGAGUUAUGCUAGGGACACGGAGGGGAUGGGGGAUUUGGGACGGCGAGUGAUGGCUUUCGGGGAGGCGGCAGCGGCGGAGGAGGCGGAGGCGACAAGGAGGGUGUGGGAGGAGGCGUUCGACGAGCCGUAUGAGAGGGCGGGGGCGGGGAUCGAUCCGGCGGCGUCGCCGUCGCGGGUGUUCCUCAACUGGGAGGCGGCGGAGGCCGACGUCAACCGGACGUACAAGGGCUUGCACCCAAGAUUCCUCGUGGAGGUCUGUGUAUUUUUCAAAGGACGAUGGCAGGAAAAAGAGGUUAAGAAUUUGGACAAGAAAUUCCUGCGGUUAAGAACUGUCAGGUGUCACAGAGAGAUGAAAAUAGACCAGCCUGUAUCCGAAUCAUCGUCUGAGACUUGGCAGAGAACAUGGCAUCUUUACUGUGAAUUUGGCACCAGAGGCAUUGCACUGGAGUUGCGACAGAAGGAAAUUGGUUGUUUAAGAAAUAGCAAGUUGCUUAAAUCUGUAGUCUUCCAGUGGAAUGACCUGUUGCGGGCGCCUACUCUCACUUUAACAAGAGAGAUAGAGAUGCCAGUAACAGCCAUGACAUCUAUCACACCCCCUGUUCAGGCCCCCUACUUCUUAAAGUGUGUUCCAGAUAGAGUAACAGAUGAUGGCGGCGCAAUGAUUUCAGAUGUGAUACUGAGGAUGAAUAGAUAUCGCCCACAAGAGGGUCGAUGGUUAUCUCGCACUGUUCUUGAUCAUGCUGGAAGGGAGUGCUUUGUGAUACGAAUACGAGUAGGCAGAGGGAUUUGGAGAAGAGGUGCUGAAACUCCAACAGCAAUAAAAUGGGAGGACCGGAUCACAGAAGUAAGAGAAGGCCCAUGGAAAUAUGUGGGCGGCUCUGUUGGCACUGCACCUGGGAAGGUGGUGGGCACCGCGACACCUAAGAAAAAAGAUCUACAAGAGAAGAAGGCAACUUGGUGUCUAUCAACAGGUGAUGUUCUGACAAUACAAUGGGAAGAUAGACUGGAAAUUCAGCUUGAAAAUGAAAAUUCAACUGAAUCGGCAAGGCUGCUGAGAGGGAGGAAACUACGGUAUGAGGUAAAGGAGGUUAGCCCAUCGGACAGGCAGGAUGAUGAGGAAGUGCAGUACUCGACACUUGUUCGAUUUACCUCGGAACAUCCAGACGGAAAAGCCACAGCUCUUCUAAAUUUGAAGUUGUUUGCAGUAGAGUUUUUACCAGAAGAGGAUGCAGUGCUAGUGCUGCUCUUGUGCAUGGCUAUAAUUCGAACCAUUUCAGAGAUCAGAAGGGAAGAUGCGGGUGGCUUAUUACUGCGCAGGAGAGUGAGGGAAGUGAAAGCAGGAACCAGGGACUGGGGCUCGGUAAUUCUCCCUUCGUCUUCGUCAAGCUUGUCUCCCCAUUUACAACCUUGGUAUUGGAAUGCUGAGGAAGUAUUAGCCUCAGCAGAGAUGCAUGAUGGCAGGGAGCCGACUUCUAAGUAUUCCCCUGCUGAUGGCAAGGACCUAUUAUAUAAGCAAGCAAUCAUACCUUGAAGAGACCUUAACUAUAUUCACAAGUUCCAAGCAUCAUCAGGAUGUACUUCAGAUGAGAUUAUGUAUAUUUCUUGGUUCAGGACUCUAUUUCCUUUUCCAUUUCCUCUUUAUUUCUUUAGAGAGAGAGAGAGAGAGAGAGAGAGGAGGGAGAGUUCAUCGUUUCAAUAAUGUGGAUUAAGAUGAGUGGUGUGCCUUAGUGAAGCUCUGUUUGGUAUAUAGCUUCACAGGAUAUGAGUGCAGUCUGGUUCAGUUAGUAGUAGUCUGAUUUGGUAUGAGUGCACUUUAACACAGAUCUAGAUCAAGUAUGGCAAGCAUUUAAUGAUGUAAUGACUAUCUGGAUCAUUUUACCGAGAACAAGAUGAAUAAUAGCAGUAGCGUUGAUGUGGGCUACAUAUAUUUUAAUACC